AGAGAGAGAGAGAGAGAGAGAGAGAGUUCGGGACGUAAGAUAAAAUAAAAUAAAAGAAAUGUCAGAAGAUAAGGAUAUGAACUUGCAUGCCGAGGGCGAUAGUUGUCAGCAGCAAGAGACAAUUUCAAUUGACGAUAAAGAAAUCAAUGGAAUCAAGAAGGAAAAGAAUGAAAAAAAUGACGUUAACGAGAAGAUUGUCGAGAAUGGCGACGGCGACAAACCAAAAGAGAACGGCGAAAAAUCCAUCCAAGAACCACCCAAGGAAAUGCGCGCUGUCGUGCUUAACGGGUUUGGGGGAUUUAAAAUUAAGGCACUUAAGAAACCUGAACCUACACUCUCUGAAAACGAGGUUCUUAUCAAAAUCAAAGCUUGUGGCUUAAGUUUCCAAGAUUUGCUCACAAAACAAGGAACUUUGGACAAUCCACCGAAACCUCCUUUCAUAAUGGGCUUCGAGUGUGCUGGUGAGAUAGCAGAAGUCGGCGAAGGCGUCACCAAUUUCAAAGUAGGCGAUAGAGUUGUUGCCUUACCGGAUCAUAAAGCCUGGGCAGAAUAUGUAUCAGUACCAGCCGUCUCCGUUUACAGCUUACCCGCUGGUAUGAACUAUGAUGAAGCUGUUGCCAUUACAUUAAAUUACACAGUUGGAUACAUUUUGCUAUUUGAGCUCGCAAAUUUGAGACCUGGAAAAAGUAUACUUCUUCAUAGUGCUGGUGGCGGCGUCGGUCAAGCAGUUGUUCAAUUAGCUAAAACUGUGGAAGAUGUAACGAUCUUUGGAGUCUGUAAUAAAAAUAAACAUGAAAUUCUAAAAUCUUCUGGAAAUAUUGACCAUCUUCUUGAAAGAGGUGUUGAUUACAGUGGAGCUGUAAGAAAAGAAUCGCCAGAAGGUGUCGAUAUUGUUUUGGAUUGCUUGUAUGGCGAAGAAUACAGACGUGGAUAUGCUCUACUUAAACCGAUGGGAAGAUAUAUUCUUUAUGGACUGAGUAAUUCGAGUGAGAAUAAGAGCUUAUCAGCUGCCCGAUUUUGGUGGCAAGUUGAUAAAGUUCCACCUAUGAAGCUGUAUGACGAAAAUAAAAGUAUUGGUGGCUUAAAUCUUCGACAUCUCAUGUAUCAGCACGGAAAUAAUGAAUUUGUUAGACGUAUAGUUGAACAAGUGUUUAAGCUCUGGGAAGAAAAAAAGAUCAAGCCAGUUAUUGAUUCAGUUUGGGCUUUAGAGGACGCCGUUGAAGCCAUGCAAAAGAUGUACGAUCACAAAAACAUAGGAAAAAUUAUUUUUGACUUAAACUUGGAACCCAAACCGAAACCAGCUACUCCUGUUAAAAGCAAACUCAAAGAUAAGAAAAAUUUAAAUCAAGAAGAAAAAAAGUCAAGUAUAGACGUUGAAAAUUCUGAAAAUCAAAAAGAAUCCGAACUUACAAAUGGAACAUCUGAAGACAAGUCUGAUAGUGGUUCAAAAGGAAAAGAGUCAAGUUGAAUUUAUGGGAUCAAAUAUAAUUGAAUAAAAUACUCAUGGAACUUAUACUAUUAAUCACUACCAAUAAAAGAUCAAGAACAAAAUUGCAACAAAUUAAUACACACUAUCAGAAUAAGAUUAUUAAUAAAAAAUGAUUAUGAACGUAUAAGGUUCAAAAAAAAAAAAAA